CUACUCCCUUCCAAAGCCCAGAAGAAAGUAUCGAUAUUGAGAAGAAACCUCUCGACAAACGUUGGGAAUUAUCGUGUCAGUCGACUCAUUGAACGAGUGACUAACACUCGUACAAACAUCCAUCAAAAGUAAGGUUUGAACAAAUUCGGGUAGCAAUACAUUACCCUUUCACCAAUUCCCAAGCAAUUAUCGUCCUAACCAUCUAGAAAGAGUAGGUAAUGGUUCAGUUCACGCCUAAAUCAAAUUGGUUGGAUGGGCUCAAGUAAGAUCGAUACAAGGUUUAUUUGAUUCACAUUCCUAAAUUUCAAAACCUUCCGAUUUUCGGUAUACAAAAAAUAAGAAGUAAAUAAAUCAAAUUGAAUCGAACACACCAAAAUGUAGGGGUGGAUUCGGUUCGGUUCGGUUAUAACCGAUAACCGAUUGGUCGGUUACCGGUUAACCGAACUACCAUCUCCCCCUACCGAACACCCACCGACGCUAAUGCCUCGGUUAACCAAUAACCGACCGGUCGGUUAUCGGUUAGUUGGUCGGUUAACCGAGAUAACCGAAAAAAUGAUUGUGGUUCGAUUUUAACCGGGUAAAAUUAUUAGAAUUGCCUAAAAUGAAAGGUUCUAACUUACAUUUCUACAUCUAAAUCACCAAAUUAAUGUGUCAAAUUCAACAACAUAAAAUUAUAAACUUCAUACCGGGUAUUUUCACAUCGUUUUGUUGAGGGGGGGUGGUCGGUCGGUUAUUUUCAGUUAUUGUCGGUUAACCGAAUAACCGGUUUUCGGUUACUCUCGGUUAACCGAAUUACCUAUCAUAAGCUCCGACCACCGACCGAAGCAAAUAAUUUUUGGUUAUUGGUUUAACCGACCGGUUAACCGGUAACCGAUAACCGAACCUCCAGCCCUACCAAAAUGUAUGAAAACGAUAAGGAGUGAUUUACUACAUUUUUUUUAUUUGGAUCGCUUCCAUUCCAACCGAAACUUAAAAUGAUUCGGUCUUACGAUUGUGACCCACACAUGACCAGCCAACAACCGGUUCGCCCGGUUUAAUGCUCGUCUCUCGCAGGAAAUAUAGGCUGUCGGUGGGAAAUCGAGUGGGCGGGUCCGAAGUCCGAACCGGAACCAUAACAGAUUCCUACAGUUUCCAGGCUGUUUAUGUCCACCUGAUCUCCACCGUCCAUCAAUUUGCGCGGCACAAUCUCCACCGUCGAUCUUCACCAAACAUUUCUCUCUCCCCAAAAAAGCGCCAUCGCCACUUUAGGCUGGAAAACGACCACCGAUCUAAACACUCCUUCGCCACUCCCUUAAUCUCCCCUUUCCCUUCUUCUCCUUCCAUUUUCCCGUACCAGAGAAGAGAUUUGGAAUUCGUCUCUUCAGAUCCAUUGCCGCAUUCCCCCGUCUUCUGACUUUCCCGAAGACGAUUGACCAUGGCGGCUACCAAUCGGAGCGUUGCGGCGGCCUUGCUGCUGCUGAUGCUCUGCGUGGUGGGUUUGGCGGCGGUGGUCCGCGGCGACGAUUCGGAGCCGGCGGUGGUGGUGAAGAAGGUGAAGGGGAGGAAGUACUGUACCAAAGGCUGGGAAUGCAAGACGCCUUCCGUUUACUGCUGCAACGAGACGAUCUCCGAUUUCUUCCAGACCUACCAGUUUGAGAAUCUCUUCUCCAAGAGGAACACCCCCGUCGCUCACGCCGUCGGGUUUUGGGAGUACCGGUCGUUCAUCCUCGCUGCCUCUCUCUUCCAGCCGGACGGUUUCUGCACCACCGGCGGGAAGCUGAUGCAGAUGAAGGAGCUCGCCGCUUUUCUUGCCCAUGUCGGCAGCAAAACCACUUGUGGUUAUGGAGUGGCGACUGGAGGGCCGUUAGCUUGGGGUCUAUGCUAUAAUAAGGAAAUGAGCCCUCAGCAGUCGUAUUGUGACGAUUACUUCAAAUACACCUACCCUUGUACCCCUGGAGCUGAUUACUAUGGCCGUGGCGCCAUUCCUAUCUACUGGAACUAUAACUAUGGCAAGGUUGGAAAAGGUAUCAAGGCUGAUUUGUUGAACCACCCCGAGUACAUAGAGCAAAAUGCUACCUUGGCUUUCCAGGCUGCCAUUUGGAUGUGGAUGACACCAGCGAAAAAGUCGCAGCCUUCGGCCCAUGAGGUCUUUGUUGGCGACUGGAAGCCCACGAAGAACGAUACCCUGUCCAAGCGCAUUCCUGGGUUCGGUACAACAAUGAACAUUCUCUAUGGUGACAAUGUCUGUGGCCAGGGCGAUAUUGAUCCCAUGAACAACGUCAUCUCCCAUUACCUUUACUAUCUCGACUUGAUGGGUGUAGGCAGGGAGGAAGCAGGGCCUCAUGAGUUCCUCUCUUGUGGCGAGCAGGUUGUAUUCAACCCAUCAGCAGCCAAUCCUAGCCAAGACUCUUGAAGCUCUCUGUAACGUUUGUUCUAUGGAAGCCGCCUACUUUCUUGCACUGAUCUUAUCUCAUCAAAAUAAUAGACAGGCUUCUUUAUGACUCCGAACCACCUUAUCUUCCAGUGUUGGUGAAUGUUCAUUAUUAUCACUACUGUGUGUUUUUAGAGCCUACUUGAUUCAUUUGUGUCUAUAAUAUGCGUUUGGAUGAGGUUUGAAGAUUAUGAAUUUGUAUGUACCAUUUUGUUAUAUGUAGUUCCGAAUGUAAUACCUUAAAUUCGACUAUUUCAAGUUGUCUUCUUUCUUGCUUAUUUGGGUUUUCCUUGUUUCAACCGUUUUGUGAUGCGGCGGACAGUGUUGGUUUUGGAAGUAUAUUGUCAUUGGGAUGAACUUAUCUCUCCUGCUCCAAUGACUCACUUUUGCGUUGUAAUAUUGUGAUUGUCAACUGAGCUUGUCUUUCCUUGGCGGUUGUCUGGUAUAUGAUGCUUAAAUAUGCUGCUCAAAGCAUUGUAAUUGCCGCUGGCAUUUUUGUUUGCUCUUUUGAUAUUUCCUAUGACAGACAGGAAUUGCCUUUCCAUUGCAGCCUCCACUUUCCGGCUGCCAAAUUAUCUUUACUUAGUUGUUAUUGGCUAUGGAAGUAGGGUAGCUCUGUAGCAUUAUCAAGUUUCCAUUUUUCUUGGGAAUGAAUGUUACUGCUUCCAGGACAAUGAUGAGAGAAGGAAGAUCACUCCAUUCCAGAUCUCAUCCUUUAGCCCAAGUCUUGAUACCGAGGGAAUCACCUGGCUCCAGGGGUAGUUGCAAACGUGUGGUGAUUGUUAUGGAUGCAUUGAAGGAGUUCUCCAUGGAGCCUCUUCAAUGGGCACUUGACUGUGUGAUCGAGGCUGGAUGUUCGGUUACCCUCCUCGGAGUCUUGCCUUGGAUUCCUUUCCCCUGUAAGCUUUCUCCUCUUGGCUAAUAAUCUAUUCUUCUCUUGGAAAAUCGGAGAUUUCCUUUGGUUAACUUGGUUUCAAUUUCCUUUUCGCUUGGGCUAGUUUCGUGCAAGAUAGGUUUAGAUGUAUGGAGGCAUGUUCUUGAAGAUAUGCGAGGUCCUAUGGGGAGGAAGAGUGGAGCGAGAAAUGAUCCGAAGAAGCAUCAGAAGAUUCGGGGGAUAAUGGAUCUUUGUAAACAGAAACAGGUUCUGAACUCUAGCUUUUCACAGCUCAAAUUCUUCUCGACUGUCAUUAUUUGGCACUGGUCUUUUGUUUGUGAUUUGGUGUUGCUCCUGUGGUCAUUAUAUAGGUGGUUCCUUUGAUGAAAGUGGCAAUGGGGCAUCCCUUCAAGCUUGUGGUUCUUGAGCAAACUACAAGCCUUCAUGCUACCUUUGUGGUUCUUGACAGGUAUUAUCGUUCCCCUGGUAUUGUCAAUGGUUUCAUGCUUGUACUCGUAUACCUGGUUGCGAUUUUUCGGAUUAACCAACUGGUUGAAAUGGGGUAAAUGGCUGAAUCCUUGCUUAGUAACCGUCCGUGUAGAACAGGUUCUUUGGUUUCGGUUAUAUGUUAACGCUAUUGGCUGCAAGAACACAAUCGAAAACCAUAAAGUAUAAACCUUUUUGGUAACUGUUCUGUUAACAGUGAGUUUGAUUUAUUUGAUUGAUUGAUUCUGAAAUGGUUUUCAGUUCGAUUACCCGGGUAGAAUCAUUUAGCAACCUCUAACUUUUAAGUUAACAUCAUCUGAAAACAGGCUAAUCCUAAUGCAAUUUGGAUUGUGAUAUGAUGGCAGACAUCUAAGGAGACACAAAGCCUUCUUUGAGGAGAGGCUGCCAAGCAGCGCGGUGAUGAUGAAUCGGCAUGGAGGGGUAGAUGUGAUCAAGAUUAAAGCAAGAACAGAUGGUUUUGAUUCGGCGGUGACCGGAGAUUCUUCGGCGACCAUAGUUCCGACCCCGGAAGUUAUUAUAUCCGAGGAGCUGUUGGAACGGCUGAGGCGGCAGACGAGCAUUUGAAAUGUGAAAGUGAAAAAUCCUGUUUUCCCCCCACUACAUAUUGGAAAUAGAACAACUUAAUUUAGUGGAGUUUAGAGCUUGGAUUCAACCACAUUUCUUUCUAUCCUUCAAAGAGGUAGACCUUCAUUUUCCCUCUCCAAUCUUAAUUGACCAAAUAACAUUUUCGUGGAGGUGAGAUUCACUAAUGGAUGAAUUGGUAAGAACAUUAAAAUAGAGAAUAACAAUGUGG